UUUUGUAUUCUGUUUUUGUUUUAGUGAUUUUCUUUAAAUUUUAGUAUUUGUAGUUAAUGUUAUAUAAUGUCUAAAUUUAAUCAUUACAUAUAGUCUUCUUGGAAAUAACCCAAGGACUUCAGUCACUUAACUCCUUCCAUUUUCAAUGCUUGUUAUUUGACUUUCAAAUUUCUCCCAAUAAGUCAGUGUUAUUUUUGUUAUUAUCAUCUUUAUGUUUAGUCAGUGAAUACUAGGAUUUUCCAGUGGAUUUCCCAGUCUUACUCACCAUUUCUUUUCUAAAAUUGUUUUGUUUUGAAAUAAUUUAUGGACAAAAAGUUGCGAAAAUUGUGUAAGGCUCUCAUGUACUCUUUGCCUAGCUUUUUCCAAUCAUAACGUCUUACAUGAACACUGCAUUUCCACAGCCAGUAUAAUGGUAUUGGUACAAUACUUUUAAUACAACUAAAGAUCUUAUUCAGAUUUGCUAGUGUUUGUAUGCAUUCACUUAUGUGUGUGUAUACUAUUAGCACAUUUUAUCAUGUGAUUUGUUUACCAACACCACAAUCAUAAUUCCUUUUGGAAUCCUACUUUUUCAUUCUAGGUUCAAUUAUCUUUUUUCCCUUAGAUUUAUUGUGGUAUGAUUGACAAACAAAAAUUGAUGAUUUGCCUGAUAUAUGUAUAUGCUAUAAAAUGAUUAUCACAAUUACUAUAAUUAACACAUCUAUCACCUCAUAUAAUUACUUCUUUUUAUGUGUGUAGUGAGAACACUUAAGAUCUACUCCCUUAGCAAAUGUCAAGCUUUUUAGAUAUAAGGUCAUAUCAUCUGAAAACAGAGACAACUUCUUCCUUUUCAAUUUGGAUGUCCUUUUUUUCUUAUUUCUUGCCUAAUUCCUGUGGCUAGGGCUUCUAGUACUACACUGAAUAGAAAUGGCGAGAGGGGCUUCUUGUUUUAUUCUUGAUCUUAGAUCAAAACUUUUAUUGAUAGCUUUUCCCUGUUAAGUUUAAUGUAGCUGUGGGCUUGUAAUACAGGUCUUUUGUUAUGUUGAGGUGUAUUUCUUCUAUGAUGAACUGUUGCGAGUUUUAAUUAAAUAUGUUGAAUUUUGUUUCCUGUAACUAUCGAGUGUAUUUUCAGCCAUCCUUGCAUCACAAAUAUAUAUCCCACUUGAUCAUGGUAUAUGAUCCUUAUAAUGUUCUAAUGUGUCUUUGUUCUCUGUCCCCUUAAGGUUAAACCUCUGCUGCACUGGAGAGGCCAAAGUAUUCCCAGUCUGCUGGCAACAACCCUCCAAUGGGGACUGCCAGCAAAAGCACUGGGGUGGGCCAGUGGUGGGUCCAUGUAUAUGUGCAUGCAGGCAGGGUAGGUGGGGGUUCCCCCAUUUGUGCAUGCUGGCAGGGUGGUGAGGGUUCUGUGUGCCCACGUGCACUGGUAAGGAGGUAGAGAGAGGCUGUGCUGGUGGCGAAAGGCUGCAGGCUGGUAUCCCAGACUGUUACUAAUCUGCUUCUGUCACUACAGUUUAUGGUUCUUUUUCUAGAAUUUUAUAUAAAUGAAAUCAUAUCAUAUGAUUGUAUGUACUUUGUAUGGAUUAUUUACAUCACUAUAAUUAUUUUGAUAUUUAUCCAUGCUUUUGUGUGUGUCAACAGUUUGUUCCUUUUUAUUGCUGAGAAUUACUCAGCUGUAUGAAUCUACCUUAAUUUUUAAAAUCUAUUUAUCUGUUGAUGAAUAUUUGGGUUAUUUCCAGUUUAUAGGUGUUAUAAAUGAAGCUGUUGUGAACCGCUGGAAACAAAUGCUCGGUGCCACAAAGAGGAACCAGCACUGAGACAAAGGAUCUCUCAGCAAGGCAAAUUUACUUCUGCAAAAGGGUGCUUCUCAUAGGUCUGGUUGCCAUGAGAGCACCCUGAACAAAGGAAAGCAGGGGUUUUUAUUUCUAAUGCAGCUUGUCCCUACCACUGUGUCCUGCCUCCAUUGGCUGGACUUGGACCGCACAAUUUAAGCUGAACCCGGUUGGCUAACUUGAAAAGUGCAGGAAUGCAGUUACACUGAUGGAAAGGUAGGAAGAUCAGUUUCAGCAGGAGUAGCCAUUGCAAUGGGAGAGGUAAUUUACAGAGUGGGUAGCAGAUGUGGAAUGUGGGCUGUAUAGAUAAGGUCUGGUAGGAAGGUUGUUUGCCAGGGCAGGGGGACACAGUGAGUAAAGAAGUCUGGCCUUGAAAGCAGGGAACAAAAAACAAGCAAACUUAAGCAAACUAAACCUUUGAAGAAGAAUUUCUUACUAUAUUUGACAUGAACAUCCAGGUACAAGUUGCUAUGUGAAUAUAUGCUUUCCUUCUCUUGGUUAAUGCCCAUGAAUAGAAUAAUUGGGUAAUAAAAUAAGUGUAUAUUUAAAUUCUAAAGAAAGAGCUAUGCUUUCCAAAGUGGUUUUGGCAUCUUGUAUUUCAGCCACUAGUGUAUGAGAGUUUUGGUUUCUCCACAUCCUUGUCAAUACGUGGUCUCAUUUUUUUUUUAACAUUACCGAUUCUGAUAUUGUGUAGUGGUAUCUCAUUAUAAUUUUAAUUUGAAUUUCUCUAAUGGUUAAUCAUGUUGACACUUGUUUCAUAUGGUUAUUUGCCAUCUGUAUACCUUCUUUGGAGAAAUGUCUAUUCAAAUUAUGGGUUAUUUUCCUUUUUAUCAUAUGUUUCAAAUCUUUUGAUCAUUUUUGAAAUGGGUUUGUUGUAUUUUGAGUGUUCUGAAUAUAAGUCCAUCAUUAUAUAUGUAAUUUGCAAACAUGUUAUCUCGGUCUAAGGCUUGUCUUUUAAUACUUUUAACAAUCUUUUAAACAGCAAAUGUUUUAAAUGUUUAGUAAAACCAGUGUAUCAAUUUCUUUUUUUAUAGAUCAUAAUUUUGGUGCUGUAGCUAAGGAAUAAUUGCCUAACCCAAGUUCACAGAUUUUCUCCUGUGAUUUCUUCUAAAAGUUUCAGUUUUAGGUUUUGCCUUUAGAUCUAUAUCUAAUUUGAAUUAAUUUUUAUGUAUGUUAAGAAAUAUAGAAAUAGUAUAUUUUGCACAAACAUUUUUAAUUAUUCUUACACCAUUGAUUUUAAACUUUGUUAAGUAGGAUCAGAAUAGUCACCAAUAAAAAGACAGUACCAUUCUGAGUAACUCUAUCCAUCUUACUCUGAAUUACCGUAUAUUCAACUCAGGUAGUAGGAACUCAAACUAUUCAUUUCCUUCUGUGAGCACAAGAAAUUAUUCCCUUUGCUCAUUUUGGAUAAAUGGUUUUACUCUGGCUCAGGUAGUUCCCUCACUGGCAAGCGUUCAUCAGUUCUCUGCAGAAGAUGCAAAGAGUUAGAGGGGUGGUCCUCCACCAAUCUCAGGAUUCCUUCUAAACAUUUUCUUUUUUGCUGUGGUGUUCUGCCCUGUGAACCCUAGCUUCCUUGCCCUUCCUAGGACUGCAAUUCUAUCACCUCAAGCAGAGAGACUACUGAGAUUUGCCUCAGUUUCCCUCACUGCACUACAGCCUGAAAACUCACCUUAGACAAUAAGAAGACUCAAUCACAGAACUCACCUUGUUUCCUUCUCUCAAAGUUCACUGUACUGCACUGUCUAGUAGCCAAUGUGUGAAAUCAGUUGUUUCAUACAUUUUAUUUGUAUUUUUGGACAUUCUGGCAGGAGGGUAAAUUUAGUCUUACUCCAUCUUGGCCAGAAUUAGAAGUAUGCUUUUAGUAUUUGCAACUUUCACAUAUUUUAAAUCUCUGCAUCUCACAUUCUGAUUAAUUUUCUUAGCUCACUCUUUCAUUUCUCUACUUUUUCUUUCCUGUCUGUCCUGGUUUAGACUUAUGGAUUCCAUUCCUGCAAAGAUCUCUAUGAGGAGUCUAAAUAUUCUCAGAUUAAAGCAUUUUUUAAGCAAAUCAUUUGUAGCGCUUGCUGCAUGAAUUCAUGUGUUAGUGUAGUGUUGACAUUAACUCUUAGUGGUUUGUAAUGAUAGACUCUUUUAUUGUCAGUGUCUUUGAUGUUUCCCAUGAGAAUUCUGUGUGUGCUGUAUUAUGAAGACAUAUAUGUAGGUUGUUGUAUUAGUCCGUUUUCAUACUGCUAUACAGAACUGCCCAAGACUGGGUAAUUUAUAAAGGAAAGAGGUUUAAUUGACUCACAGUUUAGCAUGACUGGGAAGGCCUCAGGAAACCUACAAUCAUGGCAGAAGGCGAAGGGGAAGCAAGGCACCUUCUUCACAAGGCGGCAAGAGGGAGAAGUGCCAAGCAGAGGGGGAAGAACCUCUUACAAAACUGUCAGAUCUCAUGAGAACUCACUCACUAUCACGAGAAAGGCAUGGGGGAAACUACUACCAAGAUUCAAUUACUUCCACCUGGUCUCUCUCGAUGCGUGGGGAUUAUGGGGAUUAGAAUUUAAGGUAAGAUUUGGGUGGGGACACGAAGCCUAACCAUACCAGUUGUUUAAUUUUUUCUUUCUUAAAGAAAAAAUAUUUUUAAAAAUUUACCAUGCAUGGCGUUCAAGAAUUUGUGGGGGUGUGAACUGGGGUCCUAAAACUGCACUUUUUGGACACUUGGGAGUCCUACUUCUCUUCUUGAUGCAUUUUUUCUCUCUGUUUAUGCAUAUUUCCCUCUUGCAUUCCAAAAGUCACUGGUCAGAAAUUUUAUUAUUCCUGUUUCGUUGGUCCCUUCUGGCUCCGGGUUUAGUUAAAGAGUUCACUUACAGCAUCUCUCCAUCUGAAGGCCUGGGGCUUCAGCUCCUUCUAAGUCAGUGCUAUUAAAACUCUGGCCUCAGAGGUAGUCUUUUCUUUAAAAAUAAAUAAAAAACCAAAAGUUGGAUUAUGAAGAUCAGGAUCAGACAUUUAAGGUCACGUCUAUAUUCUGUGUUUAGAAGGGAUCAGAAAAAGCAAAUUUGGGUGUUUUUGAUACUCUCCUCAUUGCAGGAUUUGAAAUGUGCUCUUCUCAUGGAUGAGGUAUAUGGGUAAAUAAAGAUGUUCUUUAUUUGCAUCUGUGUUCAUUGACCUUUGGACAAUAUUUUAUUUAGUAAUAAUUAGUCUUAUAAGGAGAUAAUACUGAUUAUAAAAUGGACUGAUUUUCAUUCAUGAAGUUGGCAAGUUUUCUUAGUACUAACGUGAGACAUUUUCAAUUUUGUUUUUUAGAUCUAAAUCGGAAGGUAGCACUCAGACAUAUGCCAGCCAAUCCAUCUCAGAAGGCAGCACUCAGACAUAUGCCAGCCGAACCAGAUCAGAAAGCAGCGGUCAAGCUGAUACUAGCAAAUCCAAAUCAGAAGAUAGUACCCAAGCAUAUACUAGCAGAUCCAAGUCACAGGAAAGUACCCAAACACAAAGCAGUAGUAACUAGUGGUUCCUUCAGAAGGCAACGGAUAACAUCGAGAGUCUCGCUAAGAAAUGAAAAUUCUGUCGUUCCUUCCGUGGUCACAGCUGAAAGAAACAAUAAAUUGAGUGUGGAUCAAUUUGCAUGCCAGUGUGUUCAUUUUUUUUUCUUCCCUUUCCUUUACCCCCGGCGACCGCAGUUUUGCAGCUGCAGGGCCCUUAAUUGAAAACAGUCCUCCAAACUCAUCUCAGCUGUCCCCAUCCCCACCUGACUCCGCACGAGCUCUUCCCCAUUGUCUUCUCUGCAGCUCUUCCACGACUCCUGCCCCUGUGCCCCCCGCCCCAUGCCACCCCCUUUGUUGUACUGCCUGGGGCCCCAGAAUCUGGGCAGUGUACCAUGUUCCUCCUUCUGGUCCUUCUCAUGGGAUUUGGCUGACUGCACACAGGUCCAAUAUAUCCAGAUAGCUGCCCUCCUCAUCCUCCCCAUGACCCCGGUCUGGGCUUCUGAGGGAGGACUGUUUGUUUCAGGGAUUGUAAUUUCCCAUCCAGGCCUUUCCCUCUACCCCUGCCUGCCCACCUUUCUCUUGUCCCUUGGCCAAGUGACCCACAAGGUCAAGCCCAGAAGACAGAGAGGCAGCUUCUAAAGGACCCUUAGGCAUAGGUCUUAAAGGCAAAUAUGAUUCCCUUAUUAGAGUUUGGUAUGAGGCUUGAAAAAAUGAUUAGAGAAAGGUUCUCUCAUUUUCCAUUUUCUGAAAUAAUCUGAAAAAAUUGUUUAGAUUUUCAGUUCAAUGUUUGUCAAAAUUCACCAGUGAAGCUCUCUGGGACUGGAGAUUUUUUUUUU